AAAAUUGUCAAAUAGUCUCACAUCAAAUUUUUAGUUGUUUAAAAUUUUUGUCGAAAAUGGCUCCAAUAAAACGCAAUAAAGACGCAAAGCUCGAUGCACCGAAAUGCCUCGUAACCCAAUUCAAGAAAACGAAACCUUGCUCCAGCGGUAAGCGAACUUCCAUGAGUUCCAUGUCGAAAAGUCUACCUGAAAAGCGUGGAAGAAGGUAUUCUCGAGAAAACUAUAAUUUUCAUUUGGAUAAAUUGAAAAAUGUUCGUUCGAAAAAACCCGAACCUAAAGCAGGAGAAAACUCUUACCACAGAGACCCAACUAGAAACAGAAACAAUAUCAUACAUAGAUACAUUUCCAGUAGCCUACAGAAUCCUAGACAUGAUGAUCUACAAUCCAUCUACAAUGUUGUCUCAACAGCAUUAGAAUAUGGCUGCGCCAAUAACAUUUUGGAAAAGCGUGGAAAUUAUUAUUGUUUUAGCGAACAGCAUGCUGCUCGAGGUCCAACAAGACUCUGUGAAAGUUGCGGCAGAAUAAUACGAAUGCAUAAAAUGAAUCGGGGAAAAAUCGAACGCCGAUAUGGGCAAUGCGUUAAAAAAAAUUGUUGUUGUCAUGGAUAUGGUACUGAAUUUGAACCAAUUUGCGGACCAAAGAUGCCUAUUUUUUGUUGUCCAAAAUGUCGCGCUGUUGAUCGCGUAGGUAAAUGAAAUAUUUGUGUUUAUUGCCAAAUCCAUUCUGUGAUUAUGAAAUAAAUACCUAUGUAGGGAUUACAUUUUUUGAAGUUUUACUUAUUAAUAUCUACCUGAAAUAAUCAGUGUUAGUGGAGAAAAGCUUCUGGAGAUUACAUUAGAAAAACAGUCGACUGUCCCUAUUUAUAAAAAAAAACACAGUUUUUGAAAAGCGUUUCUCUUUAUACCUACC